UAGCCAUGGGGAAAGUAUCGUCCCUGCAGCUGUGGGCCUUCCUGGUGUUCCUAUGUGGAGCUUCCAUGGCAGGUCCACAGGGCACGGAGUUUGUUACAGUCUUUAUGCAGAAUUACAAUCCAUCCUAUAGCAAUACAUAUUUUCAACUUUUCAUCGCUGGAUAUGAAACCGAUACUACUGCAACUAUAUGGGUGAAUAAGUCCAACUUCAAAAAAAAUGUGGCUUUGAAACCACGCUCGGUCGUCUCUACUACAAUUCCACCAAAUUUUGAGCUAUUGGGGGUCUCAAAAUCCUGCAAUGUUGUUGUUGUGCAGUCAGAUAAAGAAAUCUCCAUCACGGCUAUGAAUUUCAAGGCGCUAAGUGCUGACACUAGUGUUAUCUACCCAGUUUCAAGCUUGGGAACAGAGUACUAUAUAGUGACUCCUUUGAAUGGUCCAAGUGAUUCUUUCAAGGAAUUUGCAGUGGUAAGUGCUGGGGAACCAACUAAUGUGGACAUCUAUCUCAAAGGUGAAGUCACCUUUCAAGAGAUAACUUACCCUGCUGGAAGCAAACUCACUGUUCUUCUUGAAGCAUAUAAUGCUAUUCAACUGUUGAGCAAAGAUGACCUCUCUGGAAGCAGAGUGGUAUCCCAGAAACCUGUGGCUGUGUUGAGUGGUCAUACUUGUUCCUGGAAGAACACAAAGUGCAACCAUGUUUAUGAACAGCUCUUGCCAGUUUCCAGCUGGGAGACCACUUUUAUUGUACCCCCUAUUGUUUACCAGACUAAGACAGACAUUGCAUUUAUAGCAGCUUCUCAGAAGACUACGAUUAACUAUCAAUCUGGGUCAACAAAAGAAUCCAAGGCCUUAUCUGCUGGAGAAGUGGUACAGUUAGAAGUAGAAGUCAAAACUCCACUUUUUAUCUCAGCCAGCGCUGGGAUUCAGGUAAUCUACUACUGUACUGGUUGGCAAGACAAACUUGGAACAUAUGACACAACCUUGAUUAGCAUUCCGUCAAUCAACAGUUACUGUUCAUCUUAUUACCUCUACGGGUUUCAAGACUUUCAAAACUAUGGCAUGUUAGUUGCAAGAAGUGAAGACGUCAAUAAACUGACUUUCAACAAAAGAGCAAUGUCAGACUUGAGCUGGAGUAGCAUUACUGGCACAGAAUAUUCAUGGUCAACCCAACCCUUAACCAAAGGAUUCAGCUUCCAAAUGCUGGAGAACCCAUCUUCUCCUUUCCUGCUUCUAUCCUAUGGAAUUAUGCAACAAAACAAUUAUGGUUCCCAAGCUAUCUGCAUUGGUAGUGAUUCAGGUCCUUCUUGCAGCAGUGUCAAAUGUAGAUCAAAGGAAAAAUGUCAGAUGAUCAAUGGAAAACCAAACUGUGUAGCAGAGUCUGAAUCUUUCUGCUGGGCAGUUGGAGACCCUCAUUAUCGUACCUUUGAUGGGCGCUACUUUGAUUUCCAAGGCACCUGUACAUACACUAUUGCCAAGACAUGUGGCAGCGACAGUAGCCUGCCAGCUUUCAAUAUUGAGGCAAAGAAUGAGAACCGUGGCAAUACUAGAGUGUCCUAUGUCAGCUUUGUCACUGUACAAGUGUAUGGAUUUAAUAUAUAUCUAGUACGAUCUGAAAAUGGAUUUGUAAGGGUGGAUGGUCAACGUCAGCGCCUUCCUAUCAUUCUGAAUGCUGGCCAGGUACGACUAUAUCAGUCUGGCUCUUUUGUUGUUAUUGAGACCGAUUUCACAUUGAAGGUUUACUAUGACUGGAACUCUAUCCUCAAAACCUAUAUUUCCAGUAGCUUCUAUGAAAGUGUUUGUGGCUUGUGUGGUAACUACAACGGAAAUGCUGCAGAUGACCUGACCACACCUGCUGGCAGUCAGGCCCCUGAUUUGGUUGAAUUUGGCAAAAGCUGGAAAGUGGAAGAUGGGGACAGGUUCUGCUGGCACAACUGCAAUGGCGUGUGCAAGACGUGUGCAUUGGAUCUCCAAAAAAAGUAUGAAAGUGAACUGCUUUGUGGAAUUAUUUCCAAAGCCAGUGGUCCUUUCCAACGGUGUCAUGCAACUAUUGAUCCUAAAAUCUACCUGGACAACUGUGUUUAUGACUUGUGCAUGAAUGAUGGUUUGAAACAGAUUUUGUGCCAGAGCAUCAAGUCCUACGCUGAAGCCUGUCAGAGAAGCAAUAUUCAGAUUAGUGAAUGGCGACAGCUCGCUGGAUGCCCAAUGCAGUGCGCUGACAACAGUGAGUAUAAGCUUUGCGGAAAAGGUUGUCCUUCCACAUGCAAUGACGACGCUAAGCCAUCCACAUGCUCUGAGACGUGUGUGGAAAGCUGCGAGUGUAAAAAUGGAUAUGUGUUGGAUGAAGGCAAAUGUAUCCCCAAGGCCAGCUGUGGUUGUGUAUAUGAAGGUAAACUCUAUGCUGCCAACGAAAAGUUCUGGACCAACGACAAGUGUGAGAUGCAGUGCACGUGUAACGGGGCCACAUUGAAGGUUGACUGCAAAGCCGUGAAAUGCAAGUCUAAUGAGAAGUGUUCAGUGGUUAACGGAAUACAAAAUUGUUAUCCCUUGACCUAUGGCACAUGCUCUGCAUCAGGCGAUCCCCACUAUAUCACUUUUGAUGGAGUGAAGUACAAUUUCCAGGGAACUUGUGUGUACCAGUUUGCUGGACUAUGCAAGAAGAUUGAAGGUUUGGUGGAUUUCCAGGUCAAUGUCCAAAAUGACAACAGAGGGAGCAAAGCAGUUUCUUAUGUCACAGUAGUCCAGGUGCAGGUCUGUGACUUUGACAUCACCAUAAGUAGGCAGUACAAAGACAGGAUUCUGUUGAAUGGAGUCCUGACCAAUCUUCCAUUCUCUGUUGACAAUGGUAAACUCUCUAUCUACAAACAAGGCUUCAAUGCCAUUGUUCAAACAAGUUUUGGCUUAAGAGUCACCUUUAACUGGGAAAGCUAUGUUGCUGUCAAAGUUCCCAGUUCUUAUUCAGGAGCCUUGUGUGGUCUUUGCGGAAACUUUGAUAGCAAUAAGAACAAUGAAUUUAUAAUGAAGAAUAGCCAAGUUGCUGCAAAUCCAACACUCUUCGGUAAAAGCUGGAAUGUCAAAAAUGUACCUGGCUGUUCAGAAGAAGAUAUUGCAGACUGCUCAAAUCUGGCAUUGGUUGAAUUACGUGAACAAUCUAACUUGGUAGGCUGCGGAAUCCUCCUAGAUAAGUCUGGGCCUUUUAGAGAAUGCCAUGAGAGGGUAGAUCCUAAAGGUUUCUUCAAAGACUGUGUUUAUGAUUCCUGCUUAUACAAUGGACGUAAAGAUAUUCUGUGCAAGGUCGUUGCCAGUUAUGCAACCGCUUGUCAAGAUGCUGGUGCGACAGUAUACUCCUGGAGAUCAGCUAAGUUCUGCAGUCCCAACUGUGGUAAAAAUAGCCACUAUGAAGUUUGCGCAACUGGGUGUGCUCCAACUUGUCUAACUCUUUCUCCUCCACUGGGAUGUGACCCUAAAUGCUCAGAGGGUUGUUCUUGUGAUGAUGGCUUCAUUCUCAGUGGGGGCGAUUGUGUUCCUCUUUCCCAAUGCGGUUGCAGUUACAAAGGUCAAUACUACAAAACUGGGCAAAGAUUUUUCCCCAGUGGAUUAUGCAGUCAACAAUGUGUGUGUACAGCUAGUGGGGUGGAGUGUAAAGCUUUCUCCUGUGGCCCCAAUGAAGAAUGUAAAGUGGUUGAUGGAGUUCAGAAGUGCCAGGCAAUUGGUUCUGCCAAAUGUUCUGCAGCAGGUGAUCCCCAUUAUCGGUCAUUUGAUGGUCGUGCAUUUGACUUCCAAGGUACCUGCACCUACACGCUAUCAAAGACUGUCACAAACAGGGAAAACUUGGUUCCAUUCACCAUCAGUGUGAAAAAUGAAAAGUGGGGCAAUGGGAAAGUGGCUGUUACAAAGUUGGUGGCUUUUGAAAUCUAUGAUUACACUCUAGUCCUUCAAUAUAACAACAAAGGUCGCAUCUUGGUCAAUGAUGUAUUCAACAACCUACCAUUAACCCUAAAAGAUGGCAAAAUACGAGCCUAUCAGCAUGGCCUGAGAGUCAUCAUUGAAACAGAAGCUGGAGUGCAAGUUAGCUAUGAUCUAGUUUAUGAUGUUUUAGUUACUGUUCCAGGAAACUACAAAGGCCAGUUGGGUGGCCUAUGUGGUAACUAUAAUGAUGAUAAGAAUGAUGAGUUCCAGCUUCCAGACAAGAGAGUGGUUUCUGAUGCUACUGCCUUUGGGGCAUCAUGGAAGGUUCAGAUUCCAGGUGUUUCCUGUGAUGAUGGAUGUGGUGGUGCUGGCAAUCCAUGCCCAUCUUGUGAUGACAAGAAAAGAGAAAUCUUCAAAACUGACAACUACUGUGGUUUCCUUAAAAAGAAAGAUGGCCCUCUGAGUGCUUGUUAUGCCACAAUUGAUCCUGACCUCUAUUUCAACAACUGUAUGUUUGAUAUUUGUGCCAGUGCUGGGGAUGGAAGCAUCCUGUGUAAGAGUAUCCAGAGUUAUGUUGCUGCAUGCCAAGAAGCUGGUAUCAAAAUCCAGCCAUGGAGAACCGAAUCUUUCUGUCCCCUUAGCUGCCCGGCUAACAGCAAAUACAAGAUCUGUGCAGAUAUCUGUUCCACCACAUGUGCUGGCGUUACUGACUUUAAUAAAUGCCCCAACACCUGUGCUGAGGGAUGUGAGUGUGAUGGAGGAUUUUUCUUUGAUGGGCAAGGCUGUGUAUCAAUGGAUGAAUGUGGCUGCUUUGAAAAUGGCAAAUACUAUCGGCCCAAUGAGAAGGUCUUAUCAAGUGACUGCAAAGAAGUCUGUACCUGUAGCCAAGCUGGCGGGCUCAUAUGCCAGUCAACUGGUUGUGCCAGUGAUGAGAGAUGUCAGAUUAAGGAUGGUAUUGUUGGUUGUGUCAAUAUAGAUCCGUGCAAAUCUGUGAAAUGCAGGACAAAGGAGACCUGCAAAAUCCAAGAUGGAAAACCGGUCUGUGUCCCUAACUUCACGGGCACCUGCUGGGGAUGGGGUGAUCCUCACUACCAUACUUUCGAUGGCUAUAAUUUUGACUUCCAAGGAACCUGCACAUACAUCCUAUCUAAAUAUAUUGGUGAUGACCCAGAUUUGGUACCAUUUACAAUUGAGGAGAAGAAUGAUAACCGCGGUAGCCAGGCAGUCUCCUAUGUGAGACAUGUCAAUAUCUACAUAUAUGGAUACAAGAUCUCCAUUGUGAAGGGGGAAUUUGGAAAAAUUAGGAUAAAUGAUGUGAUAACUAAUCUUCCAGUGACAUUACUAGAUGGAAAAAUCUCUGUAAGCAUUAGUGGUCUCAAUGCCUUGCUGAAGACUGACUUUGGGCUCCAAGUGACCUAUGAGUAUAACUGGCAUGUGGUAGUCACUCUUAGCAGCAGCUAUUAUGGAACUACUGGUGGUCUCUGUGGUAACUUCAACCAAAAUAUUAAAGAUGAGAUGCUUACAGUAGACAACAAAUUGGUGACUUCAAUCACAGAGUGGGCAAAGAGUUGGAAAAUCAAUGACAGAGACCCUUUCUGCUGGGACAUUUGCUCUGGCAAGUGCCCAACAUGUGACAAUGCCAAAAAGAGCCAAUAUGGAUCAGAGCUUCAGUGUGGUCUUAUCAGCAAAUUUGGAGAUGGACCUUUCAGAGAGUGUCACUCUAAAGUUAAUCCUGAUAACUUCUUCGACAGCUGCUUGUAUGACGUCUGCAUUAAUGGUGGUGCUAAACAAUUUUUGUGCCAAGCACUUGGUGCCUACGCUGAUACAUGCAGGAAACAAGGAGUUAAAAUCUAUGAUUGGAGAACACCAUCUGGAUGUGCUCUUCCCUGCCAAACAAAUAGCCACUAUGAAUUCUGUGGCAAUGCCUGUCCAGCUACUUGCACUGACCGAAAUGCCCCAAGUGAAUGUACCAGUACUUGUGUGGAGACCUGCCAAUGUAAUGAUGGCUUUGUACUUAGUGCUGGUAAAUGUGUCCCUGUCGGUAGUUGUGGUUGCAACUAUAAUGGUGCCUACUAUGAAGCUAACCAAGAAUUCUGGUCAGAUGACAAUUGUCGUGUGCUCUGCAAAUGUGACCCAUCCUUGGGCAUGGUGGUUUGUAAAGAAAUAAACUGCAAAGCAAGUGAGAAAUGUAUGGUGGUCAAUGGAGUCAGAGGAUGCCACCCAAUAAGCUUCUCCACCUGUUCAGCAUCUGGUGACCCUCACUACAACACUUUUGAUGGCAAGAGGUUUGACUUCAUGGGUACUUGCAUCUAUCAAUUGGUUGGUGUGACCUCCAAUGAUGCAACUCUGCCUCGAUUCACUGUCAAGGUUCAAAACAAUAAUCGUGGCAACAAAGCUGUGUCCUACACCAAAGUUGUCACUCUAGAAGCUUAUGGUUUGACUAUAACCCUCAGUAUGGAUUACCCUCGUCGCAUACUGGUUGAUGGCGUUGUUACCGCACUGCCAUUUUACUACCAAAGUAACCAAAUUGUAGCCUACAUCAGUGGCAAUCGAGGAGUGAUAAAAACAGACUUUGAUGUUACUGUAACCUAUGACUGGUACAGUUAUGUCUCAGUGACUUUACCAAGCACUUAUGCCAAUGCUGUUGGUGGCUUAUGCGGCAAUAACAACAAGAAUCCCAAUGAUGAUUUCACCAUGAAGAACGGAAAAGCCACCACAAAUUCCGUACAGUUUGGUGAUAGCUGGAAAGUAGAGAAUGUCCCUGGUUGCUCACCUGAGUGUACUGGAAAAUGCUCUCUGUGUUCUGAAGCUCAAAAACAAGCCUACAAAACUGAGAAAUUCUGUGGAAUCCUUACCAAACCCAGUGGUCCAUUCAGCCAAUGUUACGCUACUAUUGACCCAGCUCCAUAUUUCAAUGAUUGUGUUUAUGAUGCAUGUCAGUACAGUGGUCACCCAUCCUCAUUCUGUAAUGCCAUUGGUAUCUAUGUGGCAGCUUGCCAAGCUGCUGGUGUCAAAAUACAAGAAUGGAGAUCAGCCACCUUCUGCCCCGUUUCCUGUGCACCAAACAGCCACUAUGAGUUUUGUGGAAUUGGCUGCCCUGCAACCUGCCAUGGUCUCUCCUCACCAGCUGGAUGUGACUCGCCUUGUAAGGAGGCCUGCUAUUGUGACAAUGGGUUUAUAUUAAGUGGUGAUAAAUGUGUCCCAAUUGCCAAAUGUGGAUGUGUCUACCAGGAUAAGUAUUACCAGAAGAAUGAAGUCUUCUUCCCUAAAGGAUUAUGUGAAGAGAAAUGCAAGUGUGGAGAAAAUGGAGUUGUAGUAUGCAAGCCUCAAAAAUGUGGGCCCAAUGAGGAAUGCACAGUGGUUAAUGGAGUCCGUGGGUGUCGACCAACCGAUUGUGGAAGAUGUGUUGCUUCUGGAGAUCCACACUAUAUUUCCUUUGAUGGUCUCACUUUUGAUUUCCAAGGAACAUGCACCUACACAUUUGCAGAACUUGUGGAAGAAGACUCCGGUCUAGAAAAGUUCUCAGUGGUUGUGGAGAAUGAGAGCUAUGGAAAUGGCAAAGUGGCUGUAACAAGGCUGGUGGUCAUUUCUGUCUAUGGUUAUACAGUUGCCAUUGAAAGAGGAAAGAGGUCAAGUGUGAAGGUUGAUGGAGAAAUCAUAAAAUUGCCUCUUACUAUUGAUGAUGGAAUUAUUUCUGUAAACCAAGAGGGAAAUAAUGUUGUUCUUCAAACUGACUUUGGCCUAACGCUUCUUUAUGACGUGGUUUACCAUGUUGUCCUGAAUAUCCCUGGUUCAUAUCGUAGUAAAGUUGGAGGUCUCUGUGGCAACUUUAAUGGAGACAAAAAAGAUGAAUUCCAGCUUCCCAACAAGCAAGUUGUCAGUAAUGUCAAUGAAUUUGGGGUUUCUUGGAAAGUAAAAAUUGAAGGUGCUAAAUGCAGUGAUGGCUGUGGAGAUCAAUGUCCUGUGUGUGAAGGGCCCAAAAUACAACCUUACAAAGCUACAUCGUCUUGUGGUAUGAUAACUAAUGCAGCUGGACCAUUUAAAGCAUGCCACUCCAAGAUCAGCCCAGUUGAAUACUUUAACCACUGUGUCUAUGAUGCCUGCGCUGCAGAUGGGAAGGAUGAAAUAGUGUGCAAGAGCAUUCAGGCCUAUGCAGCAGCUUGCCAUACUGUUGGUGUAACCAUUGUCUCUUGGAGAACUAAAACUUUAUGCCCGAUGACCUGUCCAGCCAACAGCCACUAUGAACUUUGUACCAGAACCUGUGAGAACACUUGCUCUAGCCUCAUGGCCCCACUAACCUGUACAUCACGUUGCUUUGAGGGCUGUGAGUGUGACGCCGGCUAUGUGUUUGAUGGAGACAAAUGUGUUAGUAUGGAUCAAUGUGGUUGUGUUUUCAACGGCAGAUAUUUCAGUGCUGGUGAUUCCUUUGCUACCGCUGAUUGUAGCUUGCAAUGCACGUGCCAGGAUGGGGUAACGCUCUGUGAGGCUAAGGAAUGCCGCACCAAUGAGCGUUGUGGAAUUAAGGAUGGAAAGAGAGGAUGCUACAGAGCGGACGGGGUAUGCUCACUGAAGGCACAGAUGUUUUCUACUUUUGAUGGCAUGUCUGGAGGAGCUGUGUCAACUGGAGCUUUUGAGGUUGUUUCUUUGUGUAAUGCAAACACUGAGUCAUGGUUCAGAAUAAUAGCCCAUGUUCAAGACUGUGGAAAAUCUAAACCAUCGGUUUCCAUGAUACACAUUUUCCUUCGCAGUGGUUUGGUAACAAUCACUAAAGACAGACAAGCCUGGGUGAAUGGAAGAAAAAACAACCUUCCAGCAGAAGUUGAUUUCCUAAGCGCUAGAGUUAGGGACACCUCAGUUUUCAUCCAGUUGGGAGUGUACUUGAGGAUAGAGCUGUCUGACAAUGGAGAUCUAACACUCACUGUGAGUGAAGAGCUAUCUGGAUACCUCUGUGGAGCAUGUGGAAACUUUAAUGAUGACCCCUCAGAUGACCUCCGUGGACCUGGCAAAGAGACCUUAUCUUCCAUCUUGCAGCUUAUUACAUCCUGGAGAGCUGUUGAUUUCUACAGCUGUGAUAAGUAAGUUUAUGAAGAUUCCAUGAAUCUGUCCCUGACCACUACAAAGCCAGAGGUUAACCCUACUUAGGACUGACAGCCUGAUAAGAAUGUAUUCAAAUACUUCCUGGGGACAAGAUUUCAAUAAUACAUGAUUUUAUGAAACUGUUGCAUUUUUUUAAAGGUUCUUUUUCUGCGUCCUUAAUAAAAUUGGAAACUAAAUCCUCUUUUAGAAUGGUUGCCAGAUAUCUUUAUGGGGCCUCUUGGCUGAAUUUGCUAUCUAAAUCCUUCUAACAUAUGUAUGGGAGCAAUAGUUGCUUUACAAACAAUAAAAUUGUAAACCAUUAAGUGUAA